CCGAUUCAACCGAGCUGCUGCUCCGGUCACUUACUACAAAAUGGCUGCAGAGGCUCCGCCGCCGCCGACGAGAACCUCCUGAACGCUUCAUGCUGUGAGAAGAAGCAAAAAACACACGAGAAGAGAACCAUUUGAUGGAAGAUAAGAAAAAGAAAAAACAAGAAGAGAAGAAAAAGAAAGAAGCUGCUCAGAAAAAGGCCACAGAACAGAGAACCAAAGUGCCAGACCCUGCCAAGCUCGACCCCGCCCCUCCUCUUCCCCCCGUCAACCCCAGUGCCGUCCCGUCUGUACCCCCAAGCAGUGGCAAUGGCAAGCGCGCCCCCUCUGGAGGUCAGCCGCAGACAGCACAGCAGCCCCCGACUCCUCUGCUCCAGCAGCGCUACCCGCCGAGAGAGGUGCCCCCGCGCUUCCGCCAGCAGGAGCACAAGCAGCUGUUGAAGAGGGGCCAGCCUCUGCCCUCCGGGACGCUGCCUCUCAUCACGACGGGACGUCCCGCCACUACUGAACCUGCAGCGGCAGUAGCCAUACACUCCUCUCCCUCCUGCUCCUCUUCCUCCACAGCCAGCCUGCCUACAGAACUGCCCCCACAGAGUGGCCCGGGAGCCCAGUAUGAUAAUCCCCUCUGGGGACACCUGCCAGCCAACAGGAGUGCCACAAGUGCUGCAUCUUCCACCAAUCUCAGUGGCUGGGAUCAACUGAUCAUUGACCAGAAGGACACUGAGGCUUGGCCAUCUAUUACCCUCAGCCAGAGCCAGGCCCCUCCAGGAGGAUGCCCUUUGGACACUGACCCUGGUCGCCUGACCAGCAGCAGCAGCAGCAGCAGCAGCAGCAGUAGUACUAGUAGUAGUUGUAGUACAGUGAAUAUGGCCACGGGGGCCAAUAGCCAGACAGGCCACUUCUCUGCCAACCACCUUAGCAGCAAGGCCAACAGUGGGCCCAUCCCUGCCAAUCAUACUGGAACCAGCAUGCUUUCUAGCCAGGUUGCAGCCAAUCGCAGCUGGGGCUCUGGGCCUGGACCCUCCCAUUGCCCCCCUCAGUCCUCAGUGGGGAGUGAAGGGAAGAACGACAGCCCUGUGGGGGGAGUCGGCAGCAGGGGCUGGGGGUCUUCUUCAUCAUCCUCCACCACCAACUAUAACUUGAACCUAAACCCUAAUGCCAACCCGUCUGCCUGGCCCAUGUUAGGGCACGAUGGGGGUGGCACAGGGGGAGGCAGCUCAGGGGGAGCCAACACCAUUUCACCUCCUCAACCUACACCCAACCUCUGUAAUCCGCCUGGCCCCCCACCAGCCCAGACCAGCACCUGUACCGGAGCCAACACUAACAGCAACUCGACGGGGAUCGGCAGCGCCUGGGGUAGCAUGAUGGCCUCUGACGCGUCAGAGCCACACCCCUCCCCGUCCACGAAUGUGUCUUUCAGUUCAGAACCUCAGAACCUUAAAACUGAUGGACCAAAUCACGCUAAUAGGCAGGAACCCCCCAGCCCCAUCCGCAACUUGCCUAAUUGGGGUGGUGCACCUGUAGGCUUGGGUUCCAUGGGCCAGACGACCCCAGGGGGCUCACAGGUCAAUGGAGAAGAUGGUAGCUCAGUAUGGGGUAACAGUGGCGACUCAAAGGCACCUUCAUCUAAAGAGGCACCUGGCUGGGACUCUGGCUGGGGCCGUGGAGGGGGUGGAGCAGGAAACUCUGGAGGCUGGGGUGAACAGUCCGGUGGAAACUGGGGGAAGCAACGCACUGAGGAGGCCCAGAAAGGCUGGGAUACCCCCAGCUCUCCUCCCCAGGAGCCACAGGCUAGUCCUUGGGGCAGAGCUGUGAGCACAACGGCUGCAAGUGAAGGCAGCAGUGACAGCAUGGAAGGACAUCCCCAGCAAAGAGACCCCUCAUCCAGAGAUAAUCCAGCUCCUCUGGUGCCUGCCCAGGAUAUGGACCCCAGGGUGUUGUGUAACACGGGCUGGGGACAGACCCCUGUUCGCCAGCACACCACCUGGGACAUGGACAAAGCUAAACGCAAGAGUGAGGCAGCCGCCGCUGAAUCAUGGGGCUCCGGCCCAACCACUCCAAGCGAUGCCCAGGGGCCCUCCAACACUAACAUGGGCCCCUCUCAGAGGACUGAUCCUGGGAGCAAAAAUGAUGUGCCUGGUUCUCAGGGAGCUUCAGGUUGGGGUGGAAGCAUAGCUGCUAACAACCAGCCUAGCUCUGGUUGGGGAGAGCCAACCAACAAGUCCCCAGGUGGCCCUGGUGGCUGGGGGAAUGCUCCACCAGGAGCCCCCCCCCCUAGUAUACCCAAGAAUGGGGGUCAAUCCUGGGGAGAGGAGAAGUCAUCUGGUUGGGAUGAUUCUCGCAAACAGGCAACAUCCCAGAGCUGGGGAGAGCAACCCAAAGCAUCUCACAGCUGGAGCAAUAGUGGAGGGAGCAAUAAUGCCGGGGACUGGAGAGAACCAGAGGAGAGCAAAAAGAGUCCCACAAACCCGGGGUGGGAGGGAGAAGCAGGAGGCUGGAAGGAAAACCAACGAGGCUGGGGAAUGUCUUCUUCAAGACCGGGGAUGCCUGCAUCUGGAGGAAAUGGGGGCUGGGGAGAGCGAGAGCAGCGAGAGCAGCGAGAGCAGCAAGUUUGCCAGCGUCCCAGUGGCCCUCCCCAAGGUUGGGGGGGCAAGCCUCAGGCUGGGCCCAGUGGUAGCAGUGAGGGAGGGAAUAUGGGCUCUUGGGCCGGCUCAGGCACAGUGAAGCAGGGUGGAAACUGGGCCGGCGGUAAGAAGGAGUCCUCGGCCGAGGCUACAGGCUGGGAAGAGCCCUCCCCGCCUUCAAUCCGACGUAAGAUGGAGAUAGACGAUGGCACCUCAGCUUGGGGUGACCCUGGUACCUACAGCAAGGCAGUCAACCUGUGGGACAGGAACAAUCCAGGAAAGUCCCAGGCUAAAGUUACCACUGGAGGCAAUAACCCCCCAGGCCCCAACAACAACAACAACAACCAUCCCCAUUCUCACAAUCACCCCUAUCACGGGCCGCCUGCACCUUUACAGAACCACACCCAAAACUCCCAAAACCCAGGCCCCACCAGCGGGCCCAUGGAUCCUGUUGUCCAACACCAGUCUGGGCCAUCUCACAACAGGGCCCCCCUGAUAAGGGAUCAAGGUUGGGGAGAGAUAUCAGGCUCCCACACUAAAUCAGAGAGCUCUUGGGGGGAAUCCGCACCCGCUCCGGUCAGCGUCGACAACGGGACGUCUGCCUGGGGCAAAACUACCGGGAACCACGGAGGCUGGGGAGACCGGGGAGACCCGGACAGCUACGGCAGGGGCAACCCGACGAUGACAUCUGCAUCUUGCAAACCUGCUCCCAAACCUAUGCAAGACGGAUGGGGAGGUGGAGGUGGAGGUGAAGAGAUGAACCUGUCGGGAGGUCAGUGGGACGCUGAGGAGGGAGACAUGUGGAACAACGCCACCUCCCAGGAGAGCAACUCCUCCUGUAACUCUUGGGGCAACGCAUCUAAAAAGGGCCCACCGAAGCUCUCCCAGGGAAAAGUCCCAGGGAAGCAAGAAGAUGCCUGGAUCAUGAAUCGUCUCAUCAAACAGCUGACGGACAUGGGCUUCCCUAGGGAUCCAGCAGAGGAGGCUCUGAAGAGCAACAACAUGAGCCUGGACCAGGCCAUGAGCGCCCUGCUGGAGAAGAAGACGGAGCUGGACAAGCGGGGGAUGGGGAUCUCCGGCCACGACUACAACAACGGGCUCAUCAACAAGCCCAUGAGCUGCGCCCGGCCUCCGCUUCUUUCCAAAGAUCCCUCGGCAGAUCCCCGCUUGCCCUACAUGGAUAAGCAGAUGCAGAGUGGAAUGUUUGGUGGCGGUGGAGCAGCACAAGCCCGGGCCAUGCAGCAGCCGCAGCCGCCUCCUCAGCCGCCAGUGCCGCCUCUCAGUUCCUCUCAGCCUAGUCUACGUGCUCAAGUGCCUCAGUUUCUCUCCCCUCAGGUUCAAGCACAGCUCUUACAGUUUGCAGCAAAAAACAUUGGUCUGAAUCCUGCACUUUUAACCUCACCAAUAAACCCUCAACAUAUGACCCUCCUGAAUCAACUUUACCAGCUGCAACUGGCAUACCAGCGUUUACAAAUUCAGCAGCAGAUGUUGCAGGCGCAACGCAACGUUUCCGGCCCCAUUCGACAACAAGAGCAGCAAGUUGCACGUACAAUCAAUAACAUGCAGCAGCAGAUCCAACAGCACCAGCGUCAGCUGGCCCAGGCCCUGCUGAUGAAGCAGCAGCAACAGCAGCCGCCCCCCUCCCACUCGGGCCUGCAUUCUGGCGGGGGCAAAUCCAGCCUGGAUUCGUUUCCAGGUCACCCCCAGGCUCCAGGCCUCCCUGACCUGCAGACCAAAGAGCAGCAGUCAUCUCCCAACACCUACAGCUCCUACUCUCUCUCUGGACUGAAUCCAAACAUGAAUGUAAACUGCAUGGAGGUGGGAGGUAUGUCUAUGAAGGAACCCCCCCAGCCUCAAUCGCGCCUGUCGCAGUGGACGCAUCCCAACUCCAUCGAAAGCCUCUCUGGAAGCUCCUCUCCUCUGGAGCCCAACCUGGGCAAGCAUGGUUCCAACCUGGGCCCCCCUGGUAAGCCCCCUCAGAUGGAGGACUCCUACAGCCCCUACAACCUGAUGUCCAGCUCAGAGUCUCCAACCAGCCCCCUGAACCCCCCAGACAGCUGGGGGCAGGGCAAGAGCAGCAAUGACAAGAUGGCAAAUGGGACCAAUAUCAACUGGCCACCAGAGUUCUGCCCCGGUGUGCCCUGGAAGGGUCUCCAGAAUAUCGACCCGGAGACCGACCCUAACGUGACCCCCGGCAGCGUCCCCAGCGGGCCCACCAUCAACACCAACAUCCAAGAUGUCAACCGCUACCUGCUGCGGGACAGGAGUGGAGGCUCCUCUCCCACUUCAUCUCAGAGCGAGGCUCUGCCUCCCUCCACCGAUUGGCCAGUCAGUGCCUACACUAGCUCGUUCAGUCUGUCGUCCCCGGAGGCGGACGAUGCAGGUAAACUGUCAGAGAUGAAAUCUACUUGGUCUUCAGGCCCCGUUUCUCACAGCCAGGCCUCUCUGUCCCACGAGCUGUGGAAGGUCCCUCAGGGCCCCCGGAGCAGCAACGUGGCCCCGUCCCGACCCCCACCCGGCCUCAGCAACCCCAAGCCUUCCUCAACCUGGGGGGGCAACUCCCUGGGUCUGGCCCAAGGCUGGAGCAGCUCUUACACCUCAGCAGGUACCACGUGGAGUACAGACAGCUCCACCAGGACCAGCAGCUGGCUGGUUCUGAGGAACCUCACUCCACAGAUUGACGGUUCGACUCUGCGUACACUGUGCAUGCAACACGGCCCCCUCAUCACAUUCCACCUCAACUUGACGCAGGGCAACGCUGUGGUGCGCUACAGCUCCAAGGAUGAAGCUGCCAAGGCUCAGAAGUCCCUGCACAUGUGUGUGCUCGGGAACACCACCAUCCUGGCAGAGUUCGCCGGGGAAGAGGAAGUGAACCGCUUCUUUGCACAGGGCCAGUCACUUGGCGGAACGACCAGCUGGCAAGCCUCUCCAGGCGGCAAUCAGUCAAGGAUGGGUGGCAGCGGGUCCGGAUCCUCCCAUCCCAUCGGUCACUCACCCCACUGGAACAACAACAACGGCGGCGGCGGUAACGGCGGCGGCCUGGGAACAGGCGGAGGAAAGGCGGGCGGAGAGUUGCUGUGGGGUGGCGUGCCGCAGUAUUCCAGCCUGUGGGGACCCCCGAGCGGAGAGGAGGGACGGGUCAUGGGGAGUCCCACCCCAAUCAAUACGCUGCUGCCUGGGGACCUGCUGAGCGGGGAGUCCAUGUAGGACGGAAGAGCCCGGGAGGAACAAAACACCAACAGGAGCAAAAACCUUUGCAAAUCAUUGUGGAGAUAAUCAGUGUGGCUGUAACGGUGAAAAGGAGAGACGAGAGGAGGGCGAGGCCACAUCCUCGCUGCUCACCCUCGCCAACCUCCUCGACUCCUUUUUGUUUUUAAUGACAUUUCAGUUGCAGUUCUUUUUGUGAAUCUCAGUGAGAGAUUUUAGUCACAGUGUUCAGCUUUUACUUUUUGGAGACACAGGAAGUUUUUCCUUCAACGAAGAAAGAGAAACUUUUUACAAACUUUUUGGGGAACUCGCCGUGUGAAACGUACUUUAGUUCAAACUGACACACGACGAGCCUACCAUCUUUAAACUUGCGUAAUCCCUCUCUCUUGCCUGUUCAGGCAAUCAUACUGCACCUCAGAGAUCCACGAAAAAAAGGCGUCAUUCCCAAAGUAAAAAGCCCUUCAAUCAGAGUGGUUGUCGAACUUUCAGCUGGUCCAGACUCAACAUUUUGUUUCUCUCAGCACUAAUAUUAGCCUUAACCUCUUUCCUGCCCUGCUAUCCUCACUCACUCUGUACUUGGUGAAGAAGCAUACGGACACUUGCACACCCUUAUUUCUGAGCCAGUGAAACCUGAGUGGAGAGUACAUGCUGCUGUGGCUCGACGUUAGCAACCACAGCUCACAACUUCAGUGCAUUUUUUUUUGCAAGCAGAUUGAGUUCCCCCCCACACAACGCUCAAAGGGAAUGAUGCAACUCUGUUCGCCGUGUUCAAGCCAUUUAUUUUUGUAGUUUUUUUUCUUCUUCUUCUUAAAACCAUUGCAAACAAAAGAAAUAUUAUUCAAAUGUGUCUGUCAAUCUGGUGGGGGUGGGGGGUGGAGAGAGAUUUGGGGGUCGUCGCAUGUACAGUUAUGGACGACAAAAUGAACCACUGCUAUUACUAAGGAACUGUAAAGACAAACACUUCAAUGCACCUCAACUCGUCUGCGGGCAAACUCGCAGUUUGGUCUCUCAGUUUCGGACCCUCUCACUGAUGUUGUGGAAAACCUCAAGUUAAAUGUUCCCCGACUGGUGUGUGUGUUUCCCACCAUUUCAAGUGACGUGCAAUAUAAGCCACAGACUUUACCGUCCAAGCACCCUACCACGGCCUCUCGCAGAAAGAGAGGAGACUGUAAGGAAACGCUAUCGGCCCCACCCCCCUAAAACUGCCACUACUACCCUUCAUCUCCCCCUCGAGAGUGUGUGAGCUCAGGAGAGGAGCGAGCUGGUCUUCAACCACCUUCUGUCCGAGAUACAAGGACGUACACAAAGCACUUCUUCAGCCAGCCUCUCCACACUCAUGCCGGUGAUGGUUUUUUUCGGGGGGAGACGGAGGGACGGGUGUGAGUGUGUGAGUAUUUCUGUGUAUGUGUGUGUAGAUGUGUGUGCUUGGGGGUGAAGGCAUCAAACCAAAAUGAGAGGAGACAGUUUUUUGUUUUUUUACCCAAAAGACCAGUUUUUUUUGCCCAAAUUUGGUAGGAAAGUUUGAAGCAAAGAUUUGUGAAUAGUUGGUCUAUCAUAGCACUUAGCAAGAGCGUCGCAGCUCCUUAUACCCUUAAUGCCAACGAAUAGAAGAAAAGGAGAAGCAACACUGGCAAAUAAAAACUGAAAAAGACAAAAAAGCAAUCUGCUUAGUGGCUUCUCUAUAUACUUAUUUUUUAACUUGGAUGUGAAGAUUUUUUUUUUUUUUUUUCAAUCCUUCUUCCCUCAAGUCGUCGGUGGGACCAGGAAGGAUAUCAAACAUGGUAGCAAAGUGAAGGGAAAUACAAAGAAAGAACUGACGAUGGGUGCGCGCAGGGAAAGACCCCGAAGCACUCGCCCUCUUUUUAUCAAAGUAAAUAUCACUGUUACAUUGCAUACUUUGAAAUCUUUAGCCUUUUUGGUGUCUGGAAAACACUCGACGUGUUUUAUGUUCUACUGGAUCCAGCAGGGAGGAUCGCCAUCUUUCUUCAUCCUUUUUCUUUCUAUUUGGAGGCCCUGCCAACCUGUGUGAUAGUGUGGCCACUGAGUGCCUGCCUGCUGCAGAGUGCAGUGCUCUGCAGCAGCCCUCACCCUCACCCUGCCCUCCUCUCUUCCCCUCUCUCUCGCUCGCUCUCUCGCCGCCUCCCUGCGGAUCCCUACAGACUGGCUUCCCUCCUCUUCCUCCCCCCUGGCCUCCAGGCCAAGAGCAGCUCUUUCAGAACUGGCCCACCUGUAUUAAAUCUACUACUACUGCUGCGCCAGAGUCUGUCCUCAGCAAACCUCCACUCUUCUCUUUGUGUCUCUCUCCUGCAAGGAAUCACUUUAGCCAGACACGGAGGCGUUUGAUGUGUUUUUUGUUUUUGGAAUUUGCCAGUGUGCAUUUUUUUAUUUGAUUGUUUGUCAUGAAGUUUGCUGAUAUUGUUGCUGUUUAUCAUUGAUGAUAUAGAUAAUAAUUGUUUUUAUGAUGAUUUCAUGGCUUUUUUCAAAAUAUUGGUCUUUAUGCAGUGUUCAGCUUCUCUCCUGCCCCCCCUCCCCACUGCCUCCGAAAGGCACAAAGCGGUGUGUAGCGGAGAGGGUACGCCUCAGCCGUGCAGCAAAGGCCACGCGAAACACACACUGCAAGAUCUCAGUAGAACAAGGUCGGUGGGGUGGAGUUCUUUACGUCGGGUUUUUGAAGAGUCAAAUCAAUUGGGGGAAAAGGUUGUGUAGUCAAGUCAAAAAGGUUCCUCCAGGAUAGUGAGCCAACUUCCUCUGUCCAUCCUGGGGCCGCCUCCACAUCUAUGUCGUCUCAUAACACGCAUCCUUUUAGUGUUGAUGGGCCUCACUCACACUGGUGCUUUAUGUUUAACUCUGGGAGCACUCAGUUACACUUAGAACCACCUCAACUGAUAACAGCCUUCCAUUUCUAUGCAAAGACAAGGAGGUGUUCGUUCACAGCCAUCUAGAAAAUCACAGCCAUCCCCUCCCCCCCCCCCCCUCUUACAUCUGCCAAUCACUUCAAUAUCUCAACCUUUACUACCAGGCAGCUUCCCUUGACAACCUCCCCUGGAUCAAAUAAAGGGUUUAGUCUCCCACUGUGUGGUACAGAGCUACUAGAUGACACUAAAUGACCUGCUGGAGGCAACUAGUUGUUGGCAAAAACAGAGUCUUCAGUCUUGUGCCAACUUAUCUGCAAACUUCCACCUUGCCAUAUCCUAAUUUAUCUUUAGCGUGAUGAGACUUUCUGUUAUUGCUGCAGGAAGGGCGUACGACCACAAGCUCCAGCUGUAGGAGGCUUGAGGAGUAGAAGGGCAGGACAGAUGAAUGGUGCUGGUCUGUCACCAACAGUGGACUGGAAAUGUAGUGGCUGCUGGAGGAGGAGGAUUAUGAGGAUGUGAGGGGGGGUGGUCCCUGUAUGUGUCUGUGCACUGUUUAUGGGUCACAUCGGGUACAUCUCUUUAAAAACCAAAAACAUCUUUUUCUUUAUCAUCAACGCAAAAACUAGAAAACUACAAAAAAAAAACGAGUCUGUUUGAGCAGUGCACUCCGAGGCUGAGAUGUUCUGUUUGUUUGCCGCCUUCUCGCCCCGUCUGGGCUCGCUAUCUGGGCCACAUGUGGGGAAGCUGUAUCCAGGCGGUUCAUUUUGAACCUCCAACCUGAAGGUCGCGCCAGCAUUUAUAUAUAUAACAGGUCAUUUCUGCUCAUCUGGCUUCUGGGGGGCAAGGGGGUCGCAGCAGGGACCCGACGUUAUCAGCAGAAAUAGGGGACACACCUCAAGUUCGGUACCAAGUCUUAAAACUUAACGGGAUUUGCCCUCUUCCAGAGUCGCCUCAGACUCCCCAUCAUUCAACGAAACAAUCACUAUUGCCUGUGUCGUCUGUCUGUUGUGUUCCUGAUAAACCUGCAUUUACUCCACACUGGACUUGAAUCAAGCAACUGGCGUCGGAUGUGGGUCGUCGAACAGAGCGGGUUACUGGGACGGAGGUCGAGUCUCAGAUGUGCCCUGGAUUUUUUAAUGUUUUUUUUCGGCGCAGCACCAGCACUGAGAGCCCCGCCCCACUCCCACACCCCCUCGCCUGCACUCUUAUCUACCUGUCUAAGUGUUGGAAAUCAGAUGCGCUCCCUUUUUUUUUUAAAGUCACACAGACUCAAAGGCAACUGGAGCUCGAGCAGAAUAUGCUUCUCAAUCAUGGAUCAGACGAGGUGUCUGGGGGCAGGGGCCCCGAGAAGAGUUGAAUUAGCAAAUCGCUCUUUAAAAACAAACAAAGGCCUGGGUUGAAUAUGCACAUGCUAGUUCAUAUACAGUAUACAACCAAGAGUACAUAAUGGGUGUGUAUAUGGCUAGAUCUCUCUGUUUUCCACUUAGCCUAAGCCCCCCUAACCCUAACCCCGCCCCGGCUUUGGCCCUUACCCCUGUGUAUCCUCCUCCACAUUAUAUUUCCCAGAAGACAAGAUCAUAAACAUAUCAGAGUAAUACAAAAUAAUGAAAAACAAAUACUUGAAUCAAAAGAAGCGCCAAUAAUGUAAUGUGAACACUUUUUUGUAGUGGUUUUUUGUCUCAUUCAUACACUUCAGAGAUUUUUGAUAGCAUCGGUUCAGAGUGAAUUAAAUUUGAAAUACGAGUGUUGUUGAAAACAAAGAGCGAUUAUAAAGGCAAAUUUUUACAUCUGUUGUAUUUGAGUGUUUGCACAAGGCUGCUUGUACUGUAUGUUGUACGGAUGAAUGUUUAGUGUGCGAGGUGAACGUAUACGUACGCGUGAGAGCUCGUGAUUACAGCGGAGGAAAUUUCCGCCUUGUGUUUCUUUUCAAUUCAGUAUAAUUUUUUUUUUUUUUUUUUUUUUGCUUGUCAGAAAUAUAUACUGAUGUUAAUUGUUACUAGCCUCUAGCGUUGCACUGAGUGUCAGCCUCACCCCUCAUCCAGCUAAACGAACAACAAUGAUACAAGUACUGAGGGGAGACGGGGACAGUUCACGUGUAAAUGUUUACUCAAGGACUAAAAUAAGUGUGUUUUUAAAAAUGUAAUGUUUAUCUACCUUAGUGGCUUUCAUUGUGGAAUAAUCCAAGAAAGUAUGGAUCAUAAUUGAGUAUUGCACCAUUUUUUCGGACUAUAAACCUUAAAAAAAAAAAAAAAACGAGAAAACUGAAAAAAAAAAUCACUUAUGUAUAAAAAAAAUGCAGCAAAAAAAGUAUUUUGCAGACCUGUGGCCAUAGAUUUGGGGUAGAGGGGACUUCAGCUCUCCCAAAUCUGAGCAACGGAGAGAGUGAAGGACAAGACAUCAGACUGAGCCUUGGCUUCUAGGGCUCACUACAGAGGUGCCUACCUUUUUGGUUUGUUAGCUUUCGUUCUGUUUUUGUUCAAUUUCUCUCAUGUUGUCAUUUUUUUUUUUUUUUCCUGCAAGGCCACUGACGGUUUACAAACACUUUUGUUUUUUUUCUGGAGUUAAAAAAAAAAAAAAAAAAAAAAUCAGCAACACAAAGGAAUAAAACCAUGGGAAUGUUGGGAAUGUUGGGAAAAGAUAAAAAAAAAAUAAAAAAAAAGGACAAAUGCUUCCAUUUUUAAGAAACACAACACUUCAAAGAAUGAAGAUUUCUUGUGCUACUUUCAGAGCUCUGGGAUUGAACAGUGUUGUCUCGUUCUGUUUAACCUUCUUUUGUUCUGUGUUAAUGUUGAUUUCAUGGACUAUCUGAAGCCUGUAUGUUUUAUGUUGAUUAUAUAUAUUUUUCCUUUAUAUAAAAAAAAGAAAAAAAGAAAAGAAAAAAAAGACAUAAUUGCUCACUAUCUUGCACACACACGAAAAAGUGGAUCUUGUCUCAGGAAGGCCAGGGUUCCAGAGUACCAACUCCACGCCAUUUAAUGUACAUUUUUAUGACUAGUAAAAAAAAAAAAA